AUGGUUAUAUUUAUGAAAUUAAUGUUAAUUUUUUUAAAUGGAGCAUUGACAUCACCUUCAUAUCAUUUGAAUGAUAUAACUUUGGAAAAAGUCAAGGAUGAAAAUAUUCGAUAUCCUAUUGUACUAAUACAUGGAAUCGGUGGAACACAAGUACUAUGUCAACCAACUGGCAAACAACCACAUACGAAGCCAUUUUCAAUUUGGAUUAACUUAUUGUACUUUCUUCUUCCGGAAAAAUUAUUAUCUUAUAUGGGAUUAAUUUAUGAUCCGAAAACAAGACAAACGAGAGAUAGAGGUCUGUGUAAUGUUGAAUUCCCUGGUUGGGGUGAUACUUGGGCUAGUGAAUAUUUAAGUGAAGAUAAAUAUCUAUUUACAAGUUAUAUGAAGUUAAUUGUUCAAAGUUUAACAAGCGACAAAUUUUUUGUGCGAAAUAAAACAUUGCGUGCUGCACCGUAUGAUUUUCGCAAAGCACCAAAUGAAAAUUCAAAAUAUUUCAUCAAAUUAAAGCAACUGGUUGAAGAGACCUAUGAAAAUGGUGCAAAGCGUCCAAUCUACUUAUUAGGCCACAGUUUAGGAUCAUUGUACGCAAUGUAUUUUUUAAAACAGCAGGAUAAAUCAUGGAAACGUAAAUAUAUCAAGGGAUUUAUAUCUGUGUCAGCUCCUUUUGGUGGAUCUGUUGAAAGUCUAUAUGCUGAAACCUGUGGUCAUAACUUAGGAAUUCCAUUUCGUUCUCCAUUAGCAUUUCGUGAUAUUCAAAGAUCAUUUCCUGCAAUGACAUUUCUUCUACCAGAUCCACGUGUAUGGCCAUCAAAUGAGAAGUUAAUUAUAACUCCGAAUAAAAACUAUUCAGCACAUGAUUUGAAAGCACUUUUUGAUGAUAUUUCGUUUCCUCAAGGUUAUUCGAUCAUGAAUGAAACUAAAAGUGUAUUUGAUCCAUAUGAAAGGCCUACUGAUAUUGAUGUUUACUGUAUUUACAGUAUUAACAUUCCAACAAUAUCACAGAUGAUUUUCAAAACUCCAGGACCAUAUCGUUCUGCUUUUCCCAAUCAAAUACCAAAAUUAAAAUAUGGUGACGGUGAUGGUAUUGUAUCGCUAAAAAGUUUAUCCGUCUGUAAUAAAUGGGACUAUGUUAAUCUAGUUGUAUUGGAACAAACUUCACAUGAAGAUAUUGUGCAAGAUGAUCGUUUUCUUAAGUAUCUAAGGAAGUUACUUAUCAUUGACUGA